GAGUGAAGUCUCGCGAGAAGAGGCGGUUGCCGUAGCGGAGCUCUCAGGCUGUGUGUCUGAGGAUCCGCCGCCCGAGCCGCGGACAGUUUACGGAGCCCGUUAGCGCCCCGGUCGAGACCCCCGCCGCCGUCAUGUCCCGCUACCUGCGCCCCCCCAACACAUCUCUGUUCGUAAGGAACGUGGCCGACGACACGAGGUCCGAAGAUUUACGGCGCGAAUUUGGUCGUUAUGGUCCUAUAGUUGAUGUGUAUGUGCCACUUGAUUUCUACACUCGCCGUCCAAGAGGAUUUGCUUAUGUUCAAUUUGAGGAUGUUCGUGAUGCUGAAGAUGCUUUACAUAAUUUGGACAGAAAAUGGAUUUGCGGACGCCAGAUUGAAAUACAGUUUGCACAGGGUGAUCGGAAGACUCCAAAUCAGAUGAAAGCCAAGGAAGGAAGGAAUGUGUACAGUUCUUCACGCUAUGAUGAUUAUGACAGAUACAGACGCUCUAGAAGCCGAAGUUAUGAAAGAAGGAGAUCAAGAAGUCGGUCCUUUGAUUACAACUACAGAAGAUCUUAUAGUCCUAGAAACAGUAGACCGACUGGAAGACCACGGCGUAGCAGAAGCCAUUCCGACAAUGAUAGACCAAACUGCAGCUGGAAUACCCAGUACAGUUCUGCUUACUACACUUCAAGAAAGAUCUGAGAAAGCGGAUAAAGAACCAAAGAAGGGCAGUUCAAGCGACCAAAGGGUGGGUGGAAGGUGCUGCAGUAUGAAUACUGUACGAAUAUUUUGACUCUGGUCUGAAAAGAUAAAAGAAUGUUAUCGAAACUACAUGGAAUAAUUGAAGUCCCUUCAAGUUUGAAAGUAAGCAUUUUAGGACAAAUAAAAGGAAAUUCAACUUUGUACUUGUGGAAACUAAUCCCUAAAUCUGAAUAGGUUUAUAUUGAUUCUUGGGUAACAGGUCCAUAAUAAAUUAUUGAAAACUAGGAUGUCUGAAUAUCAAGGAAGACAGCCAUAGUCUCUUACAGUGCCUGUAUUGGUCUGUCUCAAAUGGAAUUGGGUGAGAAAAGGUAUGGUCCACUAUAAACUUUUUCUUGGUUCUCUCUUAAAGUCAGUUGCAUUUUCGCUAUUGGCAAAUCUUGCCUUUGUUUAUUCCAGUGCCAGUGUUUUCUGCUUAACGGUUUGCUUUGUUGGCAUCUGAGUUUAUUUACUUGUGUGCCAUGUGCAGUUUACAUCUUCCUUAAACACUCUUUCCCAGGUAAAUUCCAAUUAUAAUAUUUGACAGCCAGCUAAGAGGGUCCAUUUCGUCUCACCUCUUUCCUAGUCAGUAUAUUCAGCAAACAUUUACUGAGCCCUUAGUGUGGGCAAAAAAAUGUACUGGGUGAUUGGGGAGAAAAAUAGAUAAAAUUCACUUAUUCAAUAAAUGUCUACUGAGCACAAUCCAGUGAAUCAUUACAGUAUGGCCUCAUUGUUUUGUUUGAGGUGUAUUAUUCGUAACAAUAUUUUACACCAUUCAUAUCCUAAUGUAAUUAUAAAACCCAAUAUACUAUCAAAGAUAAGUAAUUUUGUGGUUAUCUGCCAUUUAAAAGUAUCCAGUAUUUCUGUUUGCAUCCCGUUAAUACAAAUAAUGAAAAAAUGAUUUGUUUUAAUCUGUAAUAAACUGAUUUAUUGUGCAGUGGCUGUAAUAUACUAGAGUCAUAUUAAAUUGUUAACUCUGCCUCCUCAAACACAUAUUAGGAAAUAAUCCCCAAAAUAAGUAUUUAACUUUGCGUUAGAUAUAAAGGAGACUCUGGGUGCUAUAAUUAGACCAUUUUGAGGCAGAUAGCUGUUAUCCCAGUUGAUUUAGUGUGUUCUGUAAUUGAGAAAAUGUUCACCAAGUUAUACUUUUUAGUGAUUUACAUGUACAUUUUAUAGGGACAUGUUCUGUGUAUAGUGAAUAAAUAACUUUUAUAGCAUCA